GCCACCAGCGCCGGGCACGCAGCAGGGCACCGACCCAGGCCCCCUGACCCGCGGGAGCAUGGCGGCCGACGGCGAGAAGCGGCAUCUGCUGAGCCAGGGAACAGGAGGGUCCUACCUGGGGGCCGUGCAGAAGAAUGGGCACAGCUCCCUGCAGGGCCAGGUGCCCGCCCUGGAGCUGGGGCCGCAGCACAGCCGGCACUGCCACACGCGGGAGGCCAGCGGGCACCCCGGCCGGCAGCGGCGGGCACGCAGGAAGCUCUACCUGGCUGCUGGCAUCUGCCUGGUCUUCAUGGUGGGGGAAGUUGUAGGUGGGUACCUGGCACACAGCUUGGCCAUCCUGACAGAUGCAGCCCACCUCCUGACAGACUUUGCCAGCAUCAUGAUCAGCCUCUUUGCGCUCUGGGUGUCCUCACGGCCCCCCACCAAAACCAUGAACUUUGGCUGGCACCGGGCAGAGAUCCUGGGGGCCCUGCUCUCCGUGGCCUCCAUCUGGGUGGUGACAAGUGUCCUGGUCUACUUGGCUGCCCAGCGCCUGGUCUCGGGCGACUACGACAUCGAGGGCAGCGUCAUGCUCAUCACCUCUGCCUGCGCCGUGGCUGCCAACAUCGUGAUGGGGUUGGCUCUGCACCAGACAGGGCAUGGGCACAGCCAUGGGGCAGGCGGCGAAGAGCCCAAUGCCAGCGUCCGUGCAGCCUUUGUCCACGUCGUGGGGGACCUGCUGCAGAGUGUUGGUGUCCUGGUUGCCUCCUACAUCAUCUUCUUUAAGCCUGAGUAUAAGUUUAUGGAUCCCAUCUGCACCUUCUUCUUCUCUGCGCUGGUGCUGGGGACGACGCUGACCAUCCUCCGUGACAUCAUCCUUGUCCUCAUGGAGGGCACCCCAAAAGGGAUGGACUUCAACGCCGUGCGGGACACGCUGCUGGCAGUGGCAGGGGUGGAGGCUGUGCACAGCCUCCACAUCUGGGCACUGACGGCGGCACAGCCUCUGCUCUCCGUGCACAUCGCCAUCAACGCAGACGCCGACGCCCAGGAGGUGCUGGAGGAGGCCAGCUCCCGGCUGCGGGGCACCUUCCGCUUCCACACCACCACCAUCCAGGUGGAGAGCUUCUCGGAGGAGAUGAGGGACUGCCGGGAGUGCCAGCCCCCCCGCGACUGA